UUGCUUCCAGCUUCUUGGAUUAGUGCGGUUAUCUUGACUAUAUCGGGUUUUUUUCCCGGUGUUUUCUUCCAAAAUGUUUUUGUGUUUUGUUGUUGCUCGCUCAUUUCCAGUAGAUUAACCUGUGGACAAUUUGUGAAAUAAUGUUCACAGACAUCAUUAGCUUGAAUCCCCACAAGUGUACGCGUAAGGUGGACUAGUGACUUGAAUCCCUUGGGAUUUGUACAUCUGUCAGCCAACCCUCCAGAAACAGAAGCACCAGUGAAGAUUAGCUUACGCUGGAAUCAACACUCUAUGUUCGUUUCUCAAGGAGACCGUUCCUCACCUACAUCAACCUAUUUGAUUUUCAAAAUUCCAAACGAUAAACCUUAUAACAAAGUAGCAAAAAAUCCAUAAGAAAGAAACAAAAACCUCCUGUUUUUAUUUAUCUUUUUACUUUUUUAUUUUUUGGUAAUGGUUCCAUUGCUUCGGUGAUGGUGGAUUUAGAGUUCCUGUCCUAUCAAACAUGAGAUAGAAGGUGGACGAUAUGUAAAGAGGAUCAAGAAUUAAAAAAAAAAAAGCUUGACAAUGCCUUUCCAAGCACUCAGCUCGUUCAAAGAAAAACUUUUCAAUCCUGGAAAAGAAGAAGUGAAGGGUAAUAUUGGGAAUUCACUGGGAAACCUGCAAAGGAAAAUUGAUGGAACAAAUACUGAAGAAGACAAUAUUGAACUGAAUGAAGAUGGGCAACCUAUACAUGCCCCCACUAAAACACCACCUCGAUUUGACUGCUACUGCUGUGGACUACCUAAGAGAUACAUCAUUGCCAUUAUGAGUGGCCUUGGUUUCUGUAUAUCAUUUGGAAUUAGGUGUAAUCUUGGAGUAGCCAUUGUCGAAAUGGUAAACAACAAUACUGUGUAUGUUGAUGGGAAACCAGAAAUUCAGAAAGCCCAGUUUAAUUGGGAUCCAGAAACUGUUGGACUCAUUCAUGGCUCAUUUUUCUGGGGAUACAUCGUGACGCAGAUCCCUGGAGGUUUCAUUGCGAACAAGCUUGCCGCAAACAGAGUAUUUGGUGCUGCUAUUUUUUUAACCUCAGUUCUAAAUAUGCUGAUCCCCUCUGCCGCAAAAGCACACUACGGCUGUGUUAUAUCCAUUCGUAUCCUACAAGGUCUGGUCGAGGGUGUUACCUACCCAGCAUGCCACGGGAUGUGGAGCAAAUGGGCCCCUCCAUUGGAGAGAAGCAGAUUAGCAACCACUUCAUUCUGUGGGUCCUACGCGGGCGCAGUUAUUGCCAUGCCCCUAGCUGGCGUACUGGUACAAUAUAUUGGUUGGCCAUCUGUCUUUUACAUAUAUGGAGUAUUUGGCAUGUUUUGGUACAUCUUUUGGCUGCUUCAUGCUACAGAAAGUCCUGCUGCCCAUCCUACUAUUACCACUGAAGAAAGGACCUACAUCGAGACCAGCAUUGGUGAAGGAUGCAGUUUGGUUACAAGUAGUAAAUUUAAAACCCCCUGGAAGAAAUUCUUCACAUCGAUGCCAGUCUAUGCAAUCAUAGUAGCCAAUUUCUGCAGAAGUUGGACCUUCUACUUGUUAUUGAUAAGUCAGCCUGCUUACUUCGAAGAAGUCUUUGGAUUUCCUAUAAGCAAGGUGGGUUUACUGUCUGCAGUUCCACAUAUGGUGAUGACAAUUAUAGUUCCUAUCGGAGGGCAACUGGCUGACUUAUUAAGGAGCAGGAAGAUAUUAUCAACAACAACUGUACGGAAAAUCAUGAACUGUGGAGGUUUUGGAAUGGAGGCAACUCUUCUACUGGUGGUUGGCUACUCCCAUACCAAAGCAAUUUCAAUAUCUUUUCUAGUCCUUGCUGUGGGAUUUAGCGGCUUUGCAAUAUCAGGUUUCAAUGUCAAUCAUCUAGACAUUGCACCACGGUAUGCCAGUAUUCUCAUGGGAAUAUCUAAUGGUGUUGGUACCUUAUCUGGAAUGGUAUGCCCACUCAUUGUUGGGGCAAUGACGAAGCACAAGACUCGUGAAGAAUGGCAAAAUGUGUUUCUGAUUGCUGCCAUAGUCCAUUACAGCGGAGUUAUAUUUUAUGGCAUUUUUGCCUCUGGAGAAAAGCAGGACUGGGCUGAUCCAGAGAAUCUUAGUGAAGAUAAAUGUGGAAUCAUUGAAAAUGACGAACUUGCAGAAGAAACUGAAUUAAAUAAUGAAUCCUUCACCAGCCCAAAUAAAAAGCCAAGUUAUGGCGCUACUAUUCAGAACACCGAGGUACGAAAGAAAGGCUGGAGGAAGCAAAAAGGAACGACACAGGACUUCGAUGAACAGACUUCCUACCAAUACGAAAAUGGAAAUUUUCAAGAUUUGUCCUAACUGUUGUAUGGCAGCGUAUCCGAUAAAAAAAAUAAAGACAUUUAGUGUGUCUAUUGAAUAUUUCAAAUUAAAAAUAUAUCAAACAGAUAAUAAAAGAAG